ACAUCCCGGCUGGUGAAUAAUUAAGCUGCCGCCUCCUCCUGGCCGGCCCUCCAUCUCCAGUCCCACUCUGUAGCCUCCUCCACUGCCGCUGAGCAGCGGGCCCCGGACAGACGGACAGACGGUCCCGAUCCGGUGCUCCCCGCCCUGCACGCUCCAGCCUGCUGCUCCUCCCGGGUGCGGCUGCCCCAUGGCCCCCGAGAUGGACCAGUUCUACAGGUCCACCAUGGCCAUCUACAAGAGCAUCCUGGAGCAGUUCAACCCCGCCCUGGAGAACUUGGUGUAUCUGGGGAACAACUACCUGCGGGCCUUCCACGCCCUGUCGGAGGCGGCCGAGGUGUACUUCAGUGCCAUCCAGAAGAUCGGGGAGCAGGCCCUGCAGAGCGCCACCUCGCAGAUCCUGGGUGAGAUCCUGGUGCAGAUGGCAGACACCCAGCGCCACCUGAACUCUGACCUGGAGGUGGUGGUGCAGACGUUCCACGGAGACCUGCUGCAGCACAUGGAGAAGAACACCAAGCUGGACAUGCAGUUCAUCAAAGACAGCCGCCAGCACUACGAGAUGGAGUACCGCCACCGAGCGGCCAACCUGGAGAAGUGCAUGUCCGAGCUGUGGCGCAUGGAGCGCAAGAGGGACAAGAACGUGCGGGAGAUGAAGGAGAGUGUGAACCGGCUGCACGCACAGAUGCAGACCUUCGUGUCUGAGAGCCAGCGGGCGGCUGAGCUGGAGGAGAAGCGGCGCUACCGGUUCCUGGCCGAGAAGCACCUGGUGCUUUCCAAUACGUUUCUGCAGUUUUUCGGUCGGGCCCGGGGGACGCUCCAGAACCGCGUGCUGCUGUGGAAGGAGCAGUCGGAGGCCAGCCGCAACCCGUCGCGGGCCCACUCCCCCGGCCUGCUGGGCCCGGUGCUGGGGCCGCCCUACCCCUCGGGCCGCCUGACGCCCACCCGCCUGGACAUGCCCCCCAGGCCGCUGGGAGAGUUCAGCUCCCCGCGCAGCGGGCACGGCUCCGCCUACGGCCCCGAGCCCGGCGAGGCGAGGCCCGCGUCCCAGCUGGAGCCCGACCGCCGCCCGCUGCCCCGGACGCCGUCCGCCUCCUCGCUCUACGCCGGCGGCGCCCAGCGCUCGCGCUCCAACUCGUUCGGGGAGCGGCCGGGCGGCGCGGGCGGCGGGGGCGGCGGGGGCGCCCGCAGAGUCCGCGCCCUCGUCUCGCACUCGGAGGGCGCCAACCACACGCUGCUGCGCUUCUCGGCCGGAGACGUCGUGGAGGUGCUGGUGGCCGAGGCCCAGAACGGCUGGCUCUACGGCAAGCUGGAGGGCUCGUCCACCAGGAGCGGCUGGUUCCCCGAGGCCUAUGUGAAGCCACUGGAGGAGGUGUCCGUGAACCCCAUGAACGCCUUGAACCCCGUGACCUCCAUGAACCCCAUGAACGCCUUGAACCCCGUGACCUCCAUGAACCCCAUGAACGCCUUGAACCCCAUGACCUCCAUGAACCCCAUGAACCCCAUGAACCCCAUGAACCCAGUGACCUCCAUGAACCCCAUGAGCCCUAUGAAUGAGCUACCUUCCAGGUCCUACCCGCUCCGGGGCAGCCACAGCCUGGAUGACCUCCUGGACCGGCCGGGCAACGCCACGGCGCCCUCGGAGUACUGGGACGGCCAGCCCCGCUCGCGAACGCCGAGCCGGGCCCCGAGCCGCGCCCCCAGCCCCGCACCGACACCCUUGCCUGGCAGCCGCCGAAGCAGCAUGGGCAGCAUGGGGGCGGCCCCCGAUGUCAAGAAACUCAUGUCCUGGGAGCAGCAGCCACCAGAGCUCUUCCCUCGGGGCACUAACCCCUUCGCCACCGUGAAGCUGCGUCCCACUGUCACCAACGACCGCUCGGCACCCCUCAUCCGCUGAGGCCUUCCUCCUCCGGGGGCCUGAGGUCACCCGCACCCGCCCGGAGCCGCCCAGAGCUGGCGGCGGCAGCAGCAGCAGCAGCAGUGGAUCCGAGACGCCGGGGCCUGGUCCU